GUUGGGACUUUUUUUUUCUUUUUUUGAUAAGUUACUUGUUGGGACUUGGGAGCACAACAAAUACACUUCCAAUUUCGAAACCAAACAAAUGAGAUAUGACGCCACUUCCAAAGCUCAACAAUGUUACAAUCAAAAUAAUCUCUUUCUUAAACAACUCAACUUCACACAAUCAAAUACGCCAAAUCCAAGCUCAACUCAUUCUCCAAAACCUUGUAGGUGACUCCAACAUUGGCUCCCACUUCAUCACUGCCUGCAAAUCUUUAGGCCUCUUGGACCUUGCCCAUCUUUUUUACUUCACCCAAAAUCGUAGACCCCAUGUUUUUAUUUGCAAUUCUCUCAUCAGGGCCUUUUCUCAUUCUCAUAAUUCUCAUACCCCACUCUUUAUAUACCUUCAUAUGCUCAGAAACUCAAUCCUUCCUAACAAUUUCACAUACCCAUUUCUUCUUAAAUCAUUGUCUGACUUGCGUGAGUUCAAACAAGGUGAGUGUGUCCGUACCCACGUCAUAAAAUUGGGCCAUCAUAAUGAUAUUUACGUGCUGAAUUCUCUACUUGACGUCUAUGCUUCGUCUGGCCAUAUUUACUUGUGUCGGAAACUGUUCGACGAAUUUCCCCAAAGAGAUGUUGUGUCCUGGACGGUUUUGAUUAUGGGGUAUCGGAAUGCUAGGAAGUAUGAUGAAGCAUUAAUUGCAUUUGAGCAGAUGCAGUAUGCUGGUGUUAUCCCCAAUCAUGUAACCAUGGUCAAUGCCUUGGCUGCUUGUGCUAAUUCUGGGGCCCUUGAAAUGGGAGUUUGGAUACAUGACUUUAUAAAGAGAAACAAGUGGGACAUGGAUGUGAUUUUGGGGACUUCCUUAAUCGACAUGUAUGGGAAAUGCGGCAGGAUUGAAGAGGGUUUGGUUGUUUUCAGAAGUAUGAAGAAAAAGAAUACCUUCACGUGGAAUGCUGUUAUUCAAGGGCUGGCUCUUGCUAAGAGUGGAGAUGAGGCUUUGUGGUGGUUUAACAUAAUGGAACAAGAAGGGGUUAAAGCAGAUCAAGUAACAUUGGUGGCUGUUCUUCUUGCUUGUAGUCAUGCAGGGUUAGUAGAUACUGGUACUCGAAUUUUUGGAGCUAUAGUUGAUGGUAAAUAUCAAUUUCCUCCUACUGUCAAACAUUAUGCAUGCAUGGUUGACAUCUUUGCUCGUGCUGGACAUCUAGAAGAAGCUUUCAAAUGCUUAAAUGAAAUGCCUUAUGAGCCUACAAAAGCUAUAUGGGGGUCACUAUUGGCUGGUAGUAAAGCUCAUGGAAAUCUAAACCUCAGUGAAUUUGCAGCUUGGAAGCUUAUUGAACUUGAGCCAGGCAAUAGUGCUUACUACGUUGUGCUUUCUAAUUUGUAUGCACAGAUGGGAAGAUGGAGUGAUGUUGAGAAAGUGAGGGAGAUGAUGAUAGACAAGGGUCUUAAGAAAAAUUUGGGUUAUAGUUCUGUAGAAUUUGAGGGCCACAAACUAGUUGAUUAUUUAGUAUCAUAGUAAUUACCUUUUGAAUGUGAUUACAGACAGAGAGCUAAGAAAGAAUGCACGAUCAAUGAUAUAGUUGUUUUUGAUAUAGAUAUUGCAUGGUGAUGCAGAAAUGUUGUGUGUGUUUAAUUUCUAAUUUAGAUUACACUAUUCAUAUUGUUAAUAUUUGCUUCUGGGAUAAUAUUAUUGAAGCAGUAACU